CAUAGGAGUUUGCGCGAUGAGCAGCGGUGAGUGAGUGGCGAAGAACCUCUGCUCGCCAAGCUACGCGUUCGUGUUCACGUUUACCUCGGCUACGACGGAAUUUGCAUUGUCGACGGAGGCGAUGAUCACAAUAUCCUACUUCCAGACUCGUCCCUACGAUUUAGCGCCAUGAUUCUGUUAUCGCCCGAAACCGUAGUGUUGUGCAUCUCCCUACUCAUCUCUGGUAACCUCUCUAACCUCGCCAAUCUUGUCAAUCUCUUCAUUUCGAUGGGCUUGGAUCUGGUCGCCUUCAUUCGAUCGUUAUCCAGUCACUUGAAAGGAAUUUAAUAAGCUAUAUGCCCAUAUGUGUCUUGAUUAACUUCUUUCUUCUCAGUCGUACUGUGGAUUGUAUUGCGUUUUAACAGUUAAGCCAUUUCAGAAUUUGGAAUUUGAAAGUAAUCGGCAAAGGAUGAUCACUGAUCUUGUUUCACUACUCACGGUGUCUUUACCGUGCUUAAUAUGGCCUAUUGCAUCCUGAUUUGGAGCUUAAGUUUAUAUUGUGCUUGAUAGAGCACAUUCUAUCGAGACGUUAGGUAUCUCUUGCUUAAUCAUUUUACAGAUAAGUCAUUGUUCUUUGGGUGACUGUGAUCAGUCUUUAUCAUUCCUUGAUAGCUUGGAGUCAUACUGAUGCAAGCUGUUCGAAGAUUGACACAAUAAUAUUGAUAGAUAAUGGCAAAAGCUCCACACUCGGAGGAUGGUAUUAAAAUCGCUGAGGAAAGCGGAAUUUGUGGCGAUUCUGAUGGAUUGCAUUUGGAAUCGAGGUUCGAAUGUCCUAUUUGCCUUACGUGGCUUCGCGAGCCUGUUUUAACAUCUUGUGGUCAUAAAUUCUGCUCAGAAUGUAUCAACACAUGGCUUCGGAAAGAAGGCGCCAGUUGUCCCGUCGACAGCAAGCCUUUGAAACCAGAGAGCGAUCUCUUCAGGGACCUCUAUACAAGUCGAGAAAUUUCUCAACAGCGUACGCACUGUCCUUAUCAGGAGUUCGGAUGCGCGCUUGAACUGUCUCGAAUGGACCUGGAAGCGCACGUCAGCCAAUGUCCACAUAGAAGAAACUUUGAGUGUCCUUUUAAGAAAGCGGGCUGUCUCGAAGAUUUUCAAUCAGAAGAGGCGCGCAGCUCGCACCUAGAAAAGUCAAUAGUGUCGCAUCUAACGCUGUUGGGAAGUGCUUUGCCGCGGCUCACGUCUUUGGUCGAAUCCAAUGCGCGUGAUCUCGAGUCAAAGUUCUGGGAGGCACCCCCGAAAAACGCGUCAACGUCCGUUGCGAAAGAUGGAAAUUCGUCGCCGCUAUUGACAGAGUGGCAGCAAUUACUCAAGAGCCUUUACGAAAGGAUCGUCGUGUUGGAGCAACAGAAUCGGGAAUUGAAUAUUAUGCUGUCUAAUCAGCGAAAUCAGCUGACUACCAUGCAAACCUCUAUUCGCUUUAAUAACGAGGAGAUGAAUUUGAAACAUUGCAAUGGCCUUUACAUAUGGCGUCUUGCGUCGUUCGCAGACAAACUCGAAACGAUGAGAUCGGAUCCCUUGAAGAUGUUCUACAGUCCAGGAUUUUAUACAUCCCCGAAUGGAUAUAAAAUUUGCGCGCGGAUAAAUAUUUCUUCGAAAAAUCCACACUUUCUCUCUUUGCUGGUACACCUGAUGCACUCGAAAAAUGAUGACGCCCUCGAUUGGCCGUUCAACGGUCUCAUCUCGUUCGUCCUGGUGCAUGCAAGUGAUUCCGAAAGAAAUAUUCGUGAGACCGCUGCGUCCAAACCCGAACUCGAAGCCUUCAGGAAGCCCACCUCUGAGUUAAAUAAAAGGAGCUUUGGAUAUACCGAAUUCGUAGCUGUGCGUGAUCUUGACGAUUUUCUACAAGAUGACUCUCUGAUUUUUCGAAUAGAAGUCAGGUCCGCUUAGAAAAAAUGUAUUCGAAUACAUUGAAAUAAUGAAGCACCUCGCUUGACAACACUAAUGUAGCCGACGGCACUCACCUCCACCCGCCACUGGCUCUACGUUUGCAUUGAACUCUAGUUGAGACAUAAAGUACUAUACGUAUGUAUUGUAUAAAACCAUGCGCGAGUAAACGGGUAUACUAUAUA